AUGGUUGAUACGCACUAUCAGAUGGACAUCCCCUUCAAGGUUCUGCCCCCACAGUUGCCAAAUAACAGAUCCCUUGCUGAGAAGAGGCUUGGAAGACGUCUUGCCAAGAACCCUGAAAUGCACGAUAGAUACAAGGCUGAAAUCGAGAAUCUACUGGACAAGAGAUAUGCAGAACGUGUGCUGAGCAGUGACAUUGAUGCUUCGCCAGGUGGGACCUGGUAUUUGCCUCAUCAUAAUGUGGUCAACCCCAACAAGCCCGAGAAACUCCGCAUAGUCUUUGACUGUGCUGCUGAAUAUGCUGGAACAUCUCUGAACAAGAAUGUUAUGCAAGGCCCCGACAUGACCAACAAGCUGAUUGGCGUAUUGGUGAGGUUCAGAGAGCAAAGAGUAGCAGUUAUGGGUGAUAUAGAGGCGAUGUUUCACCAGGUCAAGGUGACUCCAUCCCAUAGAGAUGUUCUGAGAUUCUUGUGGUGGAGAGAUGGAGACAUAGCCAACCAGCCUGAAGUCUUCAGAAUGGCAGUCCAUCUCUUCGGAGGUGUUUGGUGCCCGAGCUGUGCAAGUUAUGCUCUCCACAGAACGGCCGAAGACCACGAGGACGAAUUUGACCCUGAAGUCAUCACCACUGUGAUGGAAAACUUCUACGCUGAUGACUGCUUGAAGUCAGUGGAGAAUGAUGAGAAGGCCAUGAAGUUGGUGGAACAACUGUGCAAGCUGCUAUCUAUGGGUGGUUUUCGGCUAACCAAAUGGUUGUCAAACAGUCCGAAGGUCAUCGAAUCCAUCCCGCUGGAGGAAAGAGCCAAGAGCGCUAAAGAAGUCGACCUGGACAAUGGAUUACUACCUGUUGAGAGAGCACUUGGAGUACACUGGGACACACACAGAGAUGUUCUUGGUAUCAAAAUAAAGCCAAAAGAGAAGGGUUACACCAGAAGAGGUCUUCUGAGCAUCGUGAGUUCUGUAUAUGAUCCACUUGGAUUCGUGUGCCCAUUUGUGCUCCAAGCAAAGAAGAUCUUCCAAGAUGAGUGCAAGAGAGGAAAAGACUGGGAUGACGAGCUAGAGCCAGGAAACCUUGAGCAGUGGAUGAAGUGGCUGCAGGGUCUACCUAAGCUGGAAGAAUUCAGUGUUCCCAGGUGUAUCGUACCUCAAGAGUUUGGCUCACCCACCAGUGUACAGCUACAUCACUUCUGCGAUGGGUCUAUGGUUGCUUAUGGAGCAGUAUCGUACAUCAGGCUGGUAGACAACCGGGGACAUAUCCACACCUCAUUCUUGAUGGGAAAAUUAAGACUGGCUCCAAUGAAGUCGAUGACCAUUCCACGACUUGAACUCUCAGCAGCAGUCAUGGCAGUGCGGAUGGACAGUAUUCUGCAACGUGAAAUGAGGCUGGAGGUUCAGAGUACCACAUUUUGGACUGAUAGCCAGAUUGUCUUGCAAUACAUCAAGAACACCUCGAAGAGAUUCCAGACCUUCGUCACCAACAGAGUGAAUGUCAUUCACGAUGGUUUGCUGCCAGCUCAAUGGAGGUAUGUGGAUACACGCUCUAACCCAGCAGAUGACGCCUCCAGAGGGCUUGAUGCCAAGCAGAUGUUAUGCCAAUCAAGAUGGAAACAGGGGCUGGCGUUCCUGUCAGCGGAUGAGACAGCUUGGCCAGUGGAGCCUGAAGCAAGUCCGGACCUGCUCCAAGAUGACAAGGAAGUCAAGCAUGAGGCAAAGACCUGUGCUGUGGAGGGAGUUGCUCCAGACGAUGUCAUCAACACACUGCUGAAGAGGUAUUCGAGCUGGCAUCACUUGAAGAAGACAGUGGCGUGGUUGUUGCGGUUCAAGGCGUGGCUCCGCAAUCACAGACAGCAGGAACCACAAGUGUCCUUACAUGUUCACAACUUACAGGCAGCUGAGAAGGCAAUCAUUGCACACCUGCAGGAGAAGCACUUUGGUGAGGAAGUGCGUGCUUUGAAAACCAACGGGACGAUUUCCAGGAAGAGCGCAGUAUACAGCCUGGAUCCUGUGAUGGAUGAUGAUGGUCUGCUGCGAGUUGGAGGGAGGUUAAAGAUGGCGCCACUCGCAGAACAAGCAAAGCACCCGCUGAUAGUACUCAGGGAACACCAUGUAGCUGAGCUCGUCAUCAGACACUACCAUGAGAGGAAGUCAGCACAUUCGGGGAGGGAGUAUGUGCUGUGCCUGACGAGGGAGCGCUUUUGGAUUCCUAGAGCGCGCCCACUCAUCAACAGAGUACUUCGUGACUGUGUUGUCUGCAGGAGGAUCAAAGGAAAGACAUGUGCCCAGAGAAUGGCUGACCUACCUAAAGACAGAGUUACUCCCGGAGACCCUUCUUUCACUUGUACCGGAGUGGACUGCUUCGGGCCUUUCUUCGUCAAGAGGGGACGCAGCCAGGAAAAGAGAUAUGGUUGCUUAUUUACAUGCUUGGCAACGAGAGCCAUACACAUUGAGAAGCUCAACCAGAUGGACCCAGCCUCGUUCAUCAAUGCUUUGGUGAGGUUUUCAGCAAAGAGAGGAAUGCCAAAGAGGAUGCGUCCCGAUGAUGCAGAAGUUCUGACCCCAAACCACCUGCUGCUGCUCAGAGCUGGCCAGCCUGCACCUCCAGGGAACUUCAUCAAGCAGGAUGCGUAUGGACGGCGCUGGAGACAUGUGCAGCUGCUUGCAUAUCAGUUCUGGAAGCGCUGGAUACGCGAGUAUCUCCCAACUCAGCAGCUGAGGAGAAAGUGGAUAGAUCCCCAGAGGAACGUGGUUGCAGGAGACACUGUACUGAUCAUGGAGGAGGCUACACCAAGGAGGAACUGGCCCUUGGGACUCAUCACGAGGACAUUUCCAGGCAAGGAUGGACUUGUGAGGCCGGCUGAGGUGAAAACUCGCCAGAACAUUGUGGUCAGACCUGUCGACAAGCUCUGUCUGCUUGAGUCAGCUGACUGA